UCCUGGCCGGUCCAGGAUAUAAUUACAGUGCGGUCCAAAUAUAUCAUAGACAGGAAAAGGAAAGAAUGGGGGGAGAGGGAGAAGGGGAAGGGAGAAAAGAGACUGACACAUGCGCAGUGAGUCACCUUGGGUCUUCUUCCCCUGGCCUCUCGAACUCAUCCUGACUAGCUGGAUGAGCUAGUCAGCUUCUAGUACUUUGCAGCUGGAGGGGCGGCUGGUUUCGGCGCAUGCGCCCAUCGAGCAGCUGGCCGGGGGCCCCGCGGGCGGUGGCUCCUUCAGACCCGAAGCGCAGGGAUGCCACGGGAGAUCAUCACCCUGCAGCUGGGCCAGUGCGGCAACCAGAUUGGGUUCGAAUUCUGGAAACAGCUCUGCGCUGAGCAUGGCAUCAGCCCGGAGGGAAUCGUGGAGGAAUUUGCUACUGAAGGCACUGACCGAAAGGAUGUCUUUUUCUACCAGGCAGAUGAUGAGCACUACAUCCCAAGGGCUGUGCUGCUGGACCUGGAGCCGCGAGUGAUCCACUCCAUUCUCAACUCUCCCUAUGCCAAACUCUACAAUCCUGAGAACAUCUACCUGUCUGAACAUGGUGGAGGGGCUGGUAACAACUGGGCCAGUGGCUUCUCACAGGGGGAGAAGAUUCAUGAGGACAUCUUUGAUAUCAUAGACCGGGAGGCAGAUGGCAGUGACAGCCUAGAGGGUUUUGUACUGUGUCAUUCCAUUGCUGGUGGAACUGGCUCUGGCUUGGGCUCCUACCUCCUAGAACGGCUGAAUGACAGAUACCCCAAGAAGCUGGUGCAGACAUACUCAGUAUUUCCCAACCAGGAUGAGAUGAGUGAUGUGGUCGUGCAGCCCUAUAACUCACUGCUAACCCUCAAGAGACUGACACAGAAUGCAGAUUGUGUGGUGGUCCUGGACAACACAGCCCUGAAUCGAAUCGCUACAGACAGACUGCACAUCCAAAACCCAUCCUUCUCCCAGAUCAACCAGCUGGUGUCCACUAUCAUGUCGGCCAGCACCACCACCCUGCGCUACCCUGGCUACAUGAACAAUGACCUCAUCGGCCUCAUCGCCUCCCUUAUCCCCACACCCAGGCUUCACUUCCUCAUGACUGGCUACACCCCCCUCACCACUGACCAAUCUGUGGCCAGUGUGAGGAAGACGACAGUGCUGGAUGUGAUGCGUCGGCUGCUGCAGCCCAAGAAUGUGAUGGUGUCCACGGGCAGGGAUCGCCAGACCAACCACUGCUACAUUGCCAUCCUCAACAUUAUCCAGGGAGAGGUGGACCCCACCCAGGUCCACAAAAGCCUACAAAGGAUCCGGGAACGAAAGUUAGCCAACUUUAUCCCUUGGGGCCCAGCAAGCAUCCAGGUGGCACUGUCUCGGAAGUCACCCUAUCUGCCAUCUGCCCACCGAGUCAGUGGACUCAUGAUGGCCAACCACACCAGCAUCAGCUCUCUGUUUGAGAGCACAUGCCACCAGUAUGAUAAACUGCGGAAGCGGGAGGCCUUCCUGGAGCAGUUCCGCAAGGAGGACAUCUUCAAGGAGAACUUCGAUGAGCUGGACACAUCGAGGGAGAUUGUGCAGCAGCUCAUUGAUGAAUAUCAUGCCGCCACCAGGCCCGACUACAUCUCCUGGGGGACCCAGGAACAGUGACCUCCUCACUACUUCAAGGACAACGGUCCCCACAUUUUAUGGAUUUUAGUGUAUGUGCCAUUGUGAUCCCUUCAGAGACCUUGAACUCCAGCAUGGACACAUCAAUUUUUUCAGUUCCCCAUAUCCUUCCCCCUUAAAGAUGGAUACAGGAAAAACCCAAGAGUACGAUUACGUAGUCUCCUGUGUUGAUCAUCAACAAUAAAACACUUACUGAGAACUAUGA